UUCCUACUUCUUAUGUUGGGGAUGUCAGCCUGCGGUGAGCCCUGCAGCACAUGAGUGGGGAGUAGUGGCCAUGCAAAGCAGUGUUGGGCUGACAUAAACAAUGAAGAAAAUAUUUAGCUUCACUAAGAAGAAAAAAGCCCAAAGUGGGACCCCGGACAGUGGGAGUGCGCUGUCCGCUGGCUAUGAGGUGAAAGAGAAGGACCUGGGCAGGCUCCAUAAGGCUGCUCUAAACGGUGACCUGACCAAGAUGAAGCAGCUUGCUAAGAAAAAUGAUGUCAAUCAACUUGACAAGGAGAACAGAACUCCGCUUCAUCUUGCUUGUGCAAACGGUCACGCUGAAAUGGUGCAGUUUCUUGUUGAGAGCAAAGCCAAGCUUAACCUCUGUGACAAUCAAAAUAGAUCUGCCUUAAUGAAGGCGGUGCAGGGUCAGCAUGAGCAGUGUGUGAGCAUAUUGUUAGAGAAUCACGCUGAGCCAACUCUUGUGGACAUCAAUGGCAAUACAGCCCUCCAUUUAGCAGCGAACAUCCCAUCCAUACCCACAGCUGCACUGUUGUUGCAGCAUGGUGCUGAAGUGAACGCUCAAAACAAGGAGGGGUUCACACCCUUGACUGUAGCAGUCCGUGAAGACCACAUGGACAUGGCUGAGUUUCUCCUCAAAGAGUCUGCUUGUGUGGAUGCUGUAGACCAAGACCAGAGGUCCCUGUUAAUGUUAGCUGCUGGCAACGAACAGAUCAAUAUGGUGAAGCUUCUCUUGAGGUUUGAUGCUGACAUCACACUCAGAGAUGCCAAAGGAUGGUCCGCUGAUGACUAUGCAGCAAUGUAUGGCCAUCAUCUUUGCUCCCACCUGAUCGUAGAGCACAGUACCCAGAAGGCAGACAGGGCAUCAGGAUCACAUCAGGGUCUGAGUAAGAAGAAAAAAGUUCUGGGCAGUUCUUCCCAUGAUGUUGAAGCAGGCUUCUCUUUGGGAGGACCAGCCAUGGAUAAAGAAGAGCAUGGAGCAAAUGAAGCAGGGGGAGAUUUUUUGGAGAACAGUUCCCAGUCCGAGUCAGUCAGUCGAGUUUCAAAAAGUGCUGCUGAUGAAUGGCCUUCAUCAGAAGAUGAGAAUGAAUCGGUUUCAAAUGAAAAGAAACCACUAAAAGUAAACCUAAGCAGAAUGUUUGAAUCUAAAAAAGGAGAAGGAGGGUGUCCAGCUGAGAGCGGGGAUGGAAAACAAGAGCAGCAUUCAGAAGAUGAUGAAAGGACCGACUCUGAGCAGGACAGCUCAGCAGGAGAGGACGAAGAAGAGGAAGAGGAGGAAGAGGAUGGUGAAGAAGUGGACGAUGAUGAUGAUAAUGAGGAGGACGAAGGUGAACAAAGGAAUAAAGGGGAAGAUAAUGAAGACGAUGAAUCUGAGGAAGAGGAGGAGGAGGAAGAUGAAGAAGAUGGCAGCAGUAAAGCUGCUGUCCAGGCCGACAUUGAAGAGGCACAGGAAACUUGUGGAACUGAUUUAGCCAACAUUAGUUCCAGUGUGAAUUCUCAGAGCGCUCACGUUCUGGACAUCUCACACAGCACUGGGUGUUCUCUCAGAGCUAAACAUGACCGUGAUUGUGUUUCUGAGAAAAACGCCAAAUCGGAGCUUGAAGACACUAAAAACUGCCCAAAUGUUGCUUUGUCAGCCACAUUAGAUGUUGCUGAGGACUGCGUUGUUACCUGA